UGUGAUUUUUUUGACAGUGGUUUUUGUAGCUUUGAUCUUUGCGGAUGUUUUCUGAAUUCAUAUAUCACUUACCAGCGGCCUUUUAGCACUCUAUGUCUGUCAUUGAAGGCUACCGUUAGACCCAUUUUCUGCUUCACCCAGUCAUUCCAUGGCCGAUCAGCAUGAGUCCAUCGAUCUCGGUGGUCCUACAGUGGACUCGUCAGCAGCUGCAGGGCACAGCUGGUUCCCCAGUCCUCCACCACCCAUCUAUUCCUGUACCCUGACCCCUGAACUGGUGGCCAAGGCACGCGAGGAGCUCCAAGAGAAGCCAGAAUGGCGUCUACGGGAUGUCCAAGCACUGAGGGACAUGAUACUUAAGGAACAGCCCAAUCUCAGGACACGACUUGAUGAUGCCUUCCUGCUGCGCUUCCUGCGGGCCAGGAAGUUCGACUAUGACCGUGCCCUGCAGCUGCUCCUCAAUUACCAUGCAGGACGUAAGGCUUGGCCAGAGGUGUUCCAGGACCUGAAGCCAUCCACAGUGAAACACGUCCUCGACCUGGGCUUUCUCACAGUGCUGCCACGGCCGGACCCCAACGGAAGAUACAUCCUCUGUCUGCGCCCAGGAAAAUGGAAACCAAAUGAUUACCCAUUUGUUGACAAUGUUAGAGCGAUUUAUUUGACUCUGGAGAAACUGAUUCAGCCGGAGGAAACGCAGGUGAACGGCAUUGUUAUUUUAGCAGACUACACCGGAGUGGGCAUGUCACAAGCAUCCAAUCCAGGCCCGUUCCUCGCCAAAAAAGUUGUGAGCAUCCUCCAGGAUGGGUUUCCGAUCAGAAUCAAGGCCGUUAACAUAAUUAAUGAGCCGCGGAUUUUCAAAGGGAUCUUUGCUAUAAUUAAGCCGUUUCUCAAGGAGAAGAUGGCAGAGAGGUACAUCCUCCACGGUUCAGAUCUGCGCUCUCUGCACCGAAACAUCCCACGAUCGGUCCUACCAGAGGAAUACGGCGGCACCGCGGGCCAGCUGGACAUGAGUGCGUGGUCAAGACUGCUGCUGGACUGCGAGGAGGAAUUUGUAGUGGAGUUCUGCCAGCCGGAUCCACUAGAGGGCGUGGUGCUUCCAGAGUCCAUGCUCUUUGAAGGAGAACAGGCCAGCGGGCAUGAUGACGACACCUUCAGGGGGCUGCGCUCUCAGCUUUACUACUGUUACUGAUGUUCGCUGUAGUCGCAGAGCUCCCAUCACUGAGAGGACAUUUUCUGUUUCAUUUAAGAAACAUAUGUGUAGACUUUUACAGGGCAAGUUGCCAAUAUUAUACAUGAUUUAUUUUACUAAGUAAGCAGCACUUAGGUGGUAUAGUCUACUGUUGUUCACAUGUAGCCCAGCAUUCAAUCAUUCAUCUAAGGCAGCUCCAGGUACUGGUUAAGAUGCUUUUUUUUUCAUACAUUGAUGCAUGUUCAGCCAAUAUUGAUGACCUCUAAGAACUGAUUAUCGGUGGGGUUUAUAAUAUUGGUUCACAACAGAUUUUGCUUGCCAUCCAUCCAUCUUUUUAUGCUUAUGCGGGGCCGGGUCGCAGGGGCAGCAGCUUAAGCAGAGAAGCCCAGACCUUCCUCUCCCCAGCCACAUCCUCCAGCUUGUCCAUGGGAACACCAAGGCGUUCCCAGGCCAGCCAAGAGAUAUAAUCUCUCCAGCGUGUCCUUCGUCUGCCCCAUGGCCUCCUCCCGGUAGGACAUGCCCAGAACACCUCACCCAGGAGGCAUCCUUGUCAGAUGCCCGAACCACCUCAGCUGGCUCCUUUCGAUGUGGAGGAGCAGUGGCUCUACUCUGAGCCCCUCCCGGAUGGCUGAACUUCUCACCCUAUCUCUAAGGGAGAUGCCAGCCACCCUUCGUGGAAGCCCAUUUCUGCCACUUGUAUCUGUGAUCUUGUUCUUUUGGUCACUACCCACAGCUCGUGACCAUAGGUGAGGGUAGGGACGUAGAUCAACCGGUAAAUUGGGAGCUUUGCUUUUACACUCAGCUCUCUCUUCAGCACAACAGACCGGUACAGCGUCUGCAUCACUGCAGCUGCAGCACCAAUCCAUCUGUCGAUCUCCCGCUCCCUUCUCCCGUCACUCGUGAACAAACCCCCAAGAUACAUAAUCUCCUCCACUUGGGGCAAGAACUCGUCCCUGACCUGGAGUUCGGCACUCCAUCCUUUUCUGGCUGAGGACCAUUGCCUCAGAUUUGGAGCUGCUGAUUCUCAUUCUCAUCCACCACUUCACACUCGGCUGCGAAUCGUUCCAGUGCGAGCUGGAGGCCAUCACCCGUUGAAGCCAAAAGAACCACAUCAUCUGCAAAAAGCAGAGAUGAUAUUCUAAAACCACCCAGGUGAAAGCCCUCCGCCACUUGGCUAUGCCUAGAAAUUCUGUCCAUAAAAAUUAUGAAUAGAAUCGGUGACAAAGGGCAGCCCUGGCGGAGCCCAUCACCCACUGGGAACGACUUAUUGCCGGCUAGGCGAACCAAGCUCUUGCAACGGUUGUAUAAGGAUCAGUGUUGCUUGCCAUUUCUCUAAAAUCCUAUUUCAAGAUCGGGGACCAAAUCCACAGUCCUCCUUUUGUGUUUAGCUAGGGUGGUGCAGUGGUUAGCACUGUUUCACAUUGGCAAAAGAAUCUCCAGGUUCAAACCUUGUUUAAUAUUAAGGGGUUUAAUAUUCUCCCUGUGCAUGUAUUGCCAAAGUCAGUUGGCGCAAUCUCCGACCCUCUCUGCAACCCUGCAACUCCUGUGAAUUUGAAAUGUAGUAUAGAAAGUGGUUGGAUUGAUACAUUUAGUUGACAAUUAUAGUUUGUCUUCUAAUGUUUCUCUCUUUAAUUCACAUUCCACAUGGAGAUAUCCUCACAUAUGAACUUAAAACCUUCAGGAGUCUUAGGCUGGGAUGCUUUCUACAGUAUUGAAAUGGUUUGCUUCAAGUUUGUUCGCAGUACUAGAAAUACUCCUGAAAUACUAUUUGAUUUCAGCGAGCGUGCUGCCAGGUUAGAGCGUGCAGGCGGCAGCACACAUGAUGCCCACUCACAAUUUUAUCUGCAUUAUUCACACAUUGCUGCAAUCUGACAUCACUUUUUGUACCAGGGAACUGGCAGUUUAAAGACCAGCCAGUUUGCUAUUAGCGUGCAUCACACACAGUCUUAAGUCCCAGAAAAGCCCCACGCUGCAAUGCAUGUUUGAAAAUGGCUUUUUUGAUAUUGGACCUUCACUGUUGAGUAGCACAGAAACGCUGCCUGGGGAGGAAAACGCUGUAACUCUUGAAGUCAUCCUCUUAUUUGGAUGAUUGAGCAAUGAAGGCUCGUAGCCUUUCUGCAUCAUAUGAAGACUGUGGAUUUUGUCCUCAAUCUUUGAUAGCAGGCUCCCUACAGCAAGGGAAAAACUGCUUUCAGUGUACACAUUUUUACCAGUUUAACAGCAUUUGAAGACAGAUGGGGAUAUUUAAUAUUUUUGGCUGAGAAAUAAUUCUACAAAUGCUUCUUCAACUCACAUUUCCUAAACUUUGUUUAGCGUCCUUAUACUCGGUGUUAUAUUGGCAAUUAGUGCUCAGUCCGCAUGGUUGCAUUGCCCCACGAUUCAUAAGGUUUCUGCGUGUGCUACCAUCUAGUACAUUGCCUUAAAUGAUGUUGGAUUUGGUUGACAAUUUUGUGUGCACCAAAACUCAUAUUUGUUCUCAUCAGGACUCGUCUUACAUAAGAGUGGCUAUACUUCAUCGCUGUAAAGGACAAGAGAAAGGACAAUGUCAUAGAUUUACCCGAAAAAGAUUUAGCCAAAUAUGUAACUCAUAGAGUAUUUCAGAGCCUUUGUUUAGCUGAUGGUUAAGUUUCCUGGCUUGAAUCUUCUAAGAGGAUUAUCUUUUAAGUUCAGAUAAUCUGCCUUAUGUUUUAUUUUUUUUAAACCCGUUUGCCUGUGUUUCAUCACACAGUCUUAACACAGGGCCGUUCCCGAUCGCAGGGGUCACAUGGGGAAAUCUAGAACAUUGAGGCCUGGCUUUACAGACCUCCAGUUUGCCAAAUUGUACACCAGGCCAUGUACAGAAAUGUGCAAUAAUGUUGCAUCUGUUUUCUUGCGGUAAAGCUAACUUGCUUUUGUUCAGUCUUUUGUAUUUUUAUUUUAAGCAUGUCUGACUAUAAGCUGUGUUGUGUUGCAGGAUAUUUGUUGUUGUGAAGAUAGUAAAGGAAAAGCCAAACAGA